GAAUGUUGUAUUCAAGAUCCUCGAGAAUAGGUCAAACUAUGUUACGUGACUCUCAAGAAACAUUGUUAAACAACAGAAAGUAUAUAAUUUUUUAUGAGUUCAACCUCUUGUGGGAAGCUAAAAAAUGAAGGAUAUAAUGAAGGAAGUGGAAGGGAAAGUGAAGUUUUCAAUGGCGGAUUCGACGAUGAUGUUACUUGUACAACAAGCAAUGGACAAAGCUCACGAAAAGAUCAAAACAAAACACGGUCUUCUCCUCCGUCUUAACGCUAUAUCCCUAUUCUACGAACUCGCUGUAUUACAGCUCGAGACUUGUCUUAAUUUCGUGCAACAAGAGACCGAUAACCUCGAGAGUAACCACGAGGAAGUGGUUCACGAUCUUAGAAAGAUCAAAGACAGGCUUCACCACCGUCUCCUAGAGACAGAACUAGCUAUUCUAGAGAAAGACAGAGAGUUGUUAGAGAGGUCUGAGAACGAAGCGAGUCUUAGAAACGUCUUGGAGAGUAAAGAAACAGAGCUGGUUCAUUUGCAAGAUCUCGAGAGAAACAGAAGUUGUAAUAAUAAGAUGAUUGGAGAUGAGUUUUCUGAGCUGAAAAGUUCUGUUGAUCAUCAAGUGAUGAAUCUUAGACAAAAGAUUGAGACAGAGUACGAUCAUCAACUGGGAGAGGAUGAUCCUUCAGGUGUUGAUAUAGAUGUUUUGAAAGGGACAAUGGAUCUUGCUUUUAACAAGAUGCAUCACGCGAUAUUCUUGUCGGAGUUAGGUCCCAUUGAGCAGAGUUGGAGAUGGUCUAUAGAGAGGGAUACAAUGGCGUUACUGAUCAAAGGUUUCAUGAAUGGUUUAGAGGAUGAGAAGAAAAAGGUAAUGAUGGUUGUGAGAGAUUAUGAAUUAGGUUUUAAAGAUAAGGUUUGUUUGAUUCGUAGAGAAGUGGAAUGUUUAGAAGAAUCACAAAUCAUCAUUCAUAGAUCAUCAUCAUCAUCUCCUAGAGUAAUAUCUUCAAUAGAUUGUGAAGUUGUUCAUGAUGGUGAUAAAGAAGAAGAAGAAGUGGGAGAAGAAGAUUCAAGUAACUAUCCUGUUUCUAAGUUGAUAAAGAGUCAUGAAUCAAUCAUUAGGAGGAAGAGUGAAGAGCUUGUUUCUCCUAAAAUCGAGUCUGUUAGACGUCAGAGGAGCUACAACAGCUCUAGCUCUAAGCGAGCUAUUGAUGAUAUCGUUGCAGGUCUUGAUAGCUUGUUGUGUCUCAACACUAAGCUAUUAGAACAUUUUUGUUUUAAUGAUGAUGGUAGAUAUGAUCAUCUUGAAGUGGACAGCUUGGAUGAUGUUUGGAAGAAAAUGCAGAAACAUAAUAGAUCGGUGUUGUCUGAGAAUGAGGUAGAGGAGAAAGAGGGUGUAGAGAUGGAGUUAAUGAUCUUGGAAGAUACUUACUUUACUCUACUCAAAGGUCUGUUAACUGAUGAAAUCACAAACGUCAAGAAAAAGGAAGAAGAAAAUAUUGAGAUUCUUCAUGAAGAUGAAGUGUUCAGACAAGAAGUGGAUUGGGUUAUUCUAAGAGAGUUGGUAAGAGAAGUUUCAGAGAAUAAAAGGUUGCUUGAAGAACAAGGAAAGAGAGAAAGCUUGGAAACAGCUCCAGUCUUUGAUGAUCUUGAGAUUCUUCGUGAAGAUGAAGAGUUCAAACAAGAAGUGGAUUGGAUUAUUGUAAGAGAGUUGGUCAGAGAAGUUUCAGAGACUGUAGAGAAUAAUCAACAAAGGACUGAAGCAGAGAAUAAAAGGUUGCUUGAGGAACAAGGAAAGAGAGCAUGCUUGGAUACAUCUAUAGUAGUUGAUGAUUUUGAGAUUCUUCGUGAAGAUGAAGAGUUCAAACAAGAAGUGGAUUGGAUUAUUGUAAGAGAAUUGCUUGGAGAAGUUUCAGAGACUGUAGAGAAUCUUGAAAGGGUUGAAGCAGAGAAUAAAAGGUUGCUUGAGGAACAAGGAAAGAGAGCAUGCAUGGAGAUAUCUUUAGUCUUUGAUGAUUUUGAUUUCAAGAUUCAAGAUAAGUUGAAGAAGGCAGCUUCAGGGUUUCAAAACUUGGGGAAAAAUAUUGAUUCAACGAUGAAUUAUGUAUCAGAGCUAAGACGUAAAGAAUCUGUUUAUAGAACAGCUUUUCUUGUUAGAUCUGAGAAUCUCAUAAAAGCAGAAACUGAGGUUGAUCUUCUGGGAGAUCAAGUCGAUGCGCUUGUGAAGCUUCUACAGAAAACACUUUGGACAUUUCAUCAACAUCCAUUGCUUCUUUGCAAUCACUCAGAUAUAUCAGAAAUCUGUAAGAUGAUCAAGGAAGUGUUAUAUGAGGGUUACAAAGCAAAUUAA